GAGGUGACCGUGAAAGCUGGCGUGUUUGACAAAAUGAGGGAAUGAAGACUAUUAGCUCAUUCUCUGAAUAUUCUGACAUCCGCCACCGCCACGUGUCAACCUAAUUGGGAUCCACAGUCUUCUUCCUUCUUCAGCUCCACGCGCCCUCUUUCCCUUUCCUGUUUCUAGCUGUUACCGACGUCAAUUGUUACUCCGAUUAUUUAUUCUUAUUUAUUUUCCCCAUCUCACUCUCCUUCGAUUCGGGAUCACUCACAACACAAGUACUACUACCUUGGAAUCAAUUUUUAGGGUUUCUGAUUCCUUUAUGUGUUUGUCUCGCAAUUGAUCAUCGCAACCACAAUGUCCGGUCCCCUCGAUCGUUUUGCCAGACCUUGCUUUGAGGGGUUUUCGGGCAGUGAUGAGAAGAAGGAGAGGAGAUCUGACUUCGAGUACUCCGAGGAUGAAAGGAGGACCAGGAUUGGAUCCCUAAAAAAGAAGGCACUCAAUGCAUCCUCCAAAUUCAAACACACUCUUAGAAAGAAGAGUAGCAGGAGGAAAAGCGAUGGACGUGUUAGCUCCGUUUCAAUUGAGGACGUUCGCGAUUUUGAGGAGCUCCAGGCCGUCGACGCCUUUCGCCAAUCCUUGAUCAUGGACGAAUUGCUCCCUGAAGCCUUUGCUGAUUACCAUAUGAUGUUAAGAUUUUUGAAAGCGAGGAAGUUCGAUAUUGAAAAGGCAAAACAUAUGUGGACUGACAUGCUACAAUGGAGGAAGGAGUUUGGUGCUGAUACUAUUAUGCAGGAUUUUGAGUUCAAGGAGUUAGAUGAAGUCGUGAAGUAUUAUCCACAUGGGCAUCAUGGCAUCGACAAGGAGGGAAGGCCUGUUUAUAUUGAAAGACUUGGAAAGGUCGAUCCAAACAAACUUAUGCAAGUUACAACUUUGGAUAGGUAUGUGAAGUACCAUGUGCAGGAGUUUGAGAAAGCUUUUGCAAUCAAGUUUCCUGCUUGCUCUAUUGCUGCCAAGAGGCACAUUGAUUCCAGCACCACAAUCUUAGAUGUUCACGGAGUGGGCCUUAAGAACUUUACAAAGUCUGCCCGGGAACUCAUUACCCGAUUGCAGAAGAUUGAUGGUGACAAUUACCCUGAGACUCUUUGCCAAAUGUUUAUUAUAAAUGCUGGGCCUGGAUUUAGGCUGUUGUGGAGCACUGUCAAGUCUUUUCUCGAUCCCAAAACAACUUCUAAGAUUCAUGUUCUUGGAAACAAGUAUCAAAGCAAAUUGCUUGAAGUUAUAGAUGCCAGUGAGUUGCCAGAAUUUCUGGGAGGUACCUGCACUUGUGAAGAUCAGGGAGGUUGCCUUAGAUCUGAUAAAGGGCCCUGGAAAAACCCUGAUAUAUUCAAGAUGGUUCUCAAUGGUGGAGCAUGGCGGUCAAAGCAAGUUGUAAAAGUUCUUAACAAUGAAAGAAAGGUUAUUGUGUAUGCCAAGCCAGGAUACCCAACGGUAAAAGGCAGUGACACAUCAACUGCUGAAUCAGGGUCAGAAGCCGAAGAUAUAUCCUCUCCAAAAGCGAUGAAGAGUUAUUCACACCUUACGCUGACCCCUGUUCAUGAGGAAGCUAAGAUAGUAGGAAAAACAAGCUAUGCCAGCAACUUGUCUGGGUAUGAUGAAUAUAUUCCAAUGGUAGACAUACCUGUUGAUGCUGGUUGGAAGAAGCAAGCAUCUCUACAGAGGUCUUACACCUCUAAAGGAGCACCUCCUCCUCUUGACACUCAGAAAACUCCUGAUGGGCUUCAAGCUCGGAUGUGGGUAGCACUGUCUGUCUUCUUCUUGACCGUAUUAACUCUUUUACGUCAAGUUGCAUACCCUGUGACCAAGAAAUUUCCUGCAUUAUCUUCUAAUGAUGAUAAGAGUACUUCAAAACCACUUCCUGAUACAGCAAACAUGGAUGUUCUUCCUCCUUCAUCAACUCCUACAGAGGAAAAUCUCCUUCCCUCCAUGCUGAAAAGGUUAGGUGAGCUUGAAGAGAAGGUUGACACACUCCAAUCUAAGCCAUCUGAGAUGCCUUAUGAGAAAGAGGAAUUGUUGAAUGCUGCUGUAUGCCGGGUGGAUGCUUUGGAAGCUGAGUUAAUUGCUACUAAAAAGGCUCUGUAUGACGCAUUGAUGAGGCAAGAAGAGCUGCUUGCUUACAUUGACAGACAAGAAGAAGCCAAGUUGCGGAAAAAGAAGUUUUGCUGGUGAGAUUCAUUACUGGGAAAGAGAUUGUGCAGAGGAUGUCUCAAAGUGCAGUUGUUCUUAAUGAAUGUUAACCUUGCACAUGAUGUAACUCUGACCACUGAUUGAAGUAUACGAGUAAAAACAUAAUGGAGAAUUGUUUCAACGUGUGUAUAUUCAGAAUGCUAUCGUUGCUGGCUUGUAAAACACGAGCCUUUUUUUGUUAUGGUUACCUUCAUUUAUCCUGUUUCGAUUUGUAUGCCUUUGUUAGCCGAAAAGCGUUUUUUCCC